AUGCAGGCGGAGUCGGACACAAUCAACGUCGCGUCCGACUCGGGGGAGGCCAGCGGAACGGAGCGGCCACCGCGACGGAUACGCAAACCGACGACCAAAGUCCGACUGAACGAAGGAAACAAAGAGAUUACCGACAAUGGAAGCGCAGAGCCGAGCGAUCUCGGAGGAAAUGGGGUGCGGAGGACUACCACCAGGGGCGCGUCAGCCGCGAGAGGAAGGACCAAGGCGACCGAGGACGACGACAGAAUCCUGCUGCUGGACAUGGGAAAGCAGAUGAGGGAGCUUCACGCAUCCCUCCAGGUGGUUUUCAACGCAUGGAAGAAAUCGGAACUGCGAAACAAGGAUAUCCAGGCCGAGCUUCGACAAGUCACGGACGAACUUCGGAUGGCAAACGAGGAACUCGGAUCAAUCAAGGACGAGCUGCGGACGCGUUGA